ACUUCGAUCGUUUCCCUCCCGCAAUCUCUCGGGCUAGCUUCAGGAGCAGCCUUUCAGAGCAACAUACGAACCAUGGCUAGUGAAAAGCUUGCCGCCUUGGCUCUGCUACUAGCAUUGUUUGGCUGCAUUGCCCACACGUGCCAAGCGAGCUACGGGUAUCCCUACCCGUUGUCGGCACCAGCAAAGAGUACUCCUGCUGCCCCGGCGCUUAGCUACGCUUACUACUACAAGACUUGCAAAGGAGCAGAGAAGAUCGUGAGGGAUGUUGUGCAGGCGGAGAUUAAACGCAACCGUGGCAUCGGCGCCGGGCUCAUCCGUCUCUUCUUCCACGACUGCUUUGUCCAGGGAUGCGAUGCAUCGGUUCUCCUUGACAAGACCCAGUCCAAUGAACAGACGGAGAAGUUCGGCCUUCCUAACAUAGGCAGCCUUCGAGGGUUCGAAGUGAUCGAUAAGAUCAAGACUAAGCUCGAGGCCAAGUGCAAGGGUGUCGUCUCCUGCGCGGACAUUGUCGCCUAUGCUGGACGUGAUGCCACCUACUUCCUCAGCAAUAAGAAGGUAUACUUUGAAAUGCCGGCCGGCCGCUACGAUGGACGCAUCUCUUCUGCGAAUGAGACCCUCUUCAACCUACCCCCUCCUUUCGUCAAUGUCACGGUGCUCGAGGCUAUGUUUGCAGCCAAGGGGCUCAGCCUCGACGAGAUGGUCACCCUAUCCGGUGCGCACACUAUCGGGAUCUCCCACUGCUCGUCCUUCGGUGACCGUCUCCCGCGCAACGCAUCAGACCCAAUGGCUAUGAACUCUAGGUUUGCCAAAUCGGUGACAAGGAAGUGCAAGAGUGGUAGCUCUACGGUGGAUCAGGACAUCUAUACCCCUAAUACCCUGGACAACCGGUACUACAAGAACGUUCUCAACCAUGAAGUGUUGUUCACAUCUGAUGCCACGCUCGAGUCGUCCAAGACAAACUAUUUGGUGAAACAAAAUUUGAAGCCGUAUGUGUGGGAGACAAAGUUCAAGCAAGCCAUGAGGAAGAUGGGCAGCAUCGGGGUGAAGACCAGCGCUAAUGGGGAGAUCAGAAAGAGUUGUCGCCUUAUCAACUAGCAACCUUCAUGCAACGAAACCGAGCUGGUGAUGAUGCAUGCCUAAUCAUCAUGGCCCCUGGAAGUUGGAAACCGACCAGAAUGCAUGACGUUUUUUGUGUGUGAUUUUUUUAUAUACUUCCCAAUAAGGAUUUUAUUCAUUUUUGUUUUACAUUUUAUUUUACUGGAAUUGUUACAUGUGUGCUUCUAUUGAUUAAUUAAUGAGACCGUUAUUUUUUU